AGAGCGGCGUCCCCGGGCCUCGGGGCGGUGCCGGGCCUGGGGCGUGAGAGAGCGAGCGAGCGGCGUAAGGGGCAGGGAGUAGUGCGGCACUCCUCCCCGGCAGCGAGGGUCUUCGCGAUGCGGGGCGGCUCCGGGCCUGGAAACACGCCGACACCGUCUGCGGCCCUUCAGUGAUACAGGAUGCUGUUUCCUUUGGUAUUGUGUGCAGUUGUGCUAAUAGGGAGUGGUAAAGUUCAAGAUGAUGAGUGGAUUGACCCCACGGAUAUGCUCAAUUACGAUGCAGCAUCAGGAACAAUGAGAAGACCUUACAAGGCAAACUAUCAUGACUCUGAGGAUAAGACUGUGGAUGCAGUCACUACUGAAAUCUUACCAAGUUGUUCCAGGGAAGUAGAUUCCUUGCAACAGAAGAUUGCAGAUUGUGAGAAGAGGAAUGCCAAAUCACGUGAAAGUCGUAGCUUUUAUAUUUUUAAGCGAUACUUGAAUAAGAUUUUAAAUGAAGCUGGAAAACUUGGCCUUCCUGAGGAAAACGUGGGCCACGUCCAUUACGAUGCUGAGAUCAUCCUUACAAAACAGACAUAUUUGGAGAUCCUCAGGUUUCUCAAUGAGGAAACUUGGCAGUCGGGUGCUGUGGAUGAUGCACUUAGUGAUAUUUUGAUCAAUUUUAAGCACCAUGAUUAUAAAGCUUGGCACUGGAGAUUUGAAGACACUUUUGGCAUUGAACUAUAUAAUAUGUUUCUGAUACUCUUGUGCUUAGUGUGCAUUGUAAUUGUAAUAGCUACAGAGCUCUGGACACGUAUUCAUUGGUUUGUUCAGCUAAAACGUGUUUUAUUAAUAAGUUUUCUCAUCAGUUUUGCAUGGAAUUGGCUUUACUUGUAUAAGCUGGCCUUUGCGCAGCAUCAAGCAGAAAUCGCGAAAAUGGGGCAGUUUGAUAACGUCUGUGCUGAGAAGUUGGACUGGGGGGAAAGUCUUAUUGAAUGGCUCAGAAGUAAAUGGACGUUUCAGGACGAUCCCUGCCAGAAGUACUAUGAAACUCUACUAGUAAAUCCUGUUUUGCUGGUUCCACCGACAAAGGCAUUGGCAAUUACUUUCACCAACUUUGUCACUGAGCCUUUGAAGCACGUAGGACAAGGUAUUGGUGAAUUCAUCAAAGCACUAAUGAAGGAGAUACCAUUUAUUCUGCAGGUUCCAGUGCUAGUUAUGAUGGCUCUGGCUGUCCUGGCUUUCUGCUAUGGUGCAGGAUCAUCAGUGUCUACCAUAAGAUACUUAACAUCUUUUCAGAAGAAAAGUCUUCCUCCACCUGACAGUCAACAGGCGAAAAUAGACUUUGGGCAAUAUGAUGGGAGUAAAUCAGAUGGCUGUUACUCACAGAAGCUUCCCUACAUUUAUAGAGGACCUUAUGACAGAGGAGAUGCUCCUGUGAGACCAGGAAAUGGCAGCAGAAGUCCUGACAUCGUGCAUACGAGCAAUGAGCCAGACACGCAAGUAGAAGAGUCUCACAAACCAGAACCUGCUAAUAGAUUGCACACUGAGUCUGAAGUUUGUAGACCAAAAACUAUCACAGCUGAAAACCUCACUGAAGAACUUGCACUUGAGCAGCAGAAACAGGAGACAGGCAAAGCAGAGCAAGAGAUGGGAGAGAAUUGUGAUCCUAAUAAAAACCUAGAAGGGAAAAGUUCUGCAAUGGAACCAUGUGAAGAGAAGAAAAAGAGCAGUUCACGUGAUUCGCAGGAAGGAGACUAAAGAAGCCCCAAGCUCUGCUGUGGAGUAGAGGAUGUUGCCACUGAAGCAGCUGAGAAUCUGUUCUUCUCCUGGAAGUAGCAUCUCUGAUCAUCCAUCCUGUUACUCUGGAAUCGACUCAGCAGAUCAAAGAACCCUUCAUCUGCCAUUGUCUCUCGACUGUUUUUCUGAAGAGGAGAGAAGAGUUAGGGGUACUUUGAACUCCAGAGUACCUCAAACUAGGACAACUGCAUCACGGUUUCUUUCCAGUAAUAUGUUUGGUAUCUGCAUAUCUGAAAUCCAUUAAAAAAUUCAUUUAGUCAUCCA